UACGUGAGCGUGAGACAGACGAGAAGAUACACACUUUUCGUCUUCUUCCUUUAGCGAUAUUCGGCUACGGAGAGAGAGAGAGAGAGAGAGAGAGUGCCUUAUCCUUGGCUGCUGCAAAACACGUUUUAACGCAGAAGGCAAAAGAAGAAGAAUAGCAGCAAAAACAAAUACCUAGACCACCGCAAGCAAAUCUUCUGAGAAUUUCCCCCCCCCCAUUUCCAUCUCCUGCCACAGGCAUCGCUGCAGGCCAGAGAGAGUUGCAGAGCAGAAGCAGAGGAUUUUGCGAAUAAGACAUCGGAGCCGAAAACUAGCCUCGUGUUGUUAAUUUGUUAGGACGAAAGAGGAAGAUCCUUUGCUUUGCUUUGCUUUGCUUGGGCUAGGGCGACGAGAGCGAGUGCGAGAAUCUCAAGCUGCUUUUAAUUACAGGUUCGCCGCCUAUAUAUAUAUGAUUCAGCUAGCGGAGCUGAGGCUCUUCUGGAUUUGGAUUCCAACUGCUGAAUUCAACCUGUAGGUUUACAGGUUGAAUCGCCUGAGUUCCUACCAUGAAUCACUAUGUUCCGGAUUUUGAAUUGGACGAAGAUUACUUAAUCCCGGCUUCUUCGGCUUUAACUCGAUCAAAGAAGUCGCCAAUGGCUGAGGAAGACAUCAUGGAGCUACUCUGGCAAAACGGCCAGGUGGUUAUGCAGAGCCAAAACCAAAGGUCUCUCAGGAGAUCUCACAUCGGAGACGCUGUUAUGCCGCCGGAGCAGUCGGCGGCCAGAGACAUCACCCGGCCGGAAGAACCGCCACCUCAGCUCUUCAUGCAAGAGGAUGAGAUGGCUUCUUGGUUACACUGCCCCAGCGACGACACUUCCCUUGACCGCGACUUGUAUGCCCCUGGAGCUGAUCUUAUCUAUCCUGCGCCGGGCCGACCUGCCCCCCCUCCCGCCAGCAUCGCCCCAGUUCCCGAACUCCGGCCAUCGGAUGUGCGGAUCCCAGCUCCAUCCGCCGCGGGGACGAUGACUUCCGUGCCGCCAAUACCGCCUAGGCGUCCGGAGGCGGAAUCCUCAGGACGGUUCCACAAUUUUGUUCACUUCUCGCAGCCUAAAGGGAGGACAGAAACGGGACCAUCGAGCUCUAAAAAGACGACGAGAUCGUCGACGGUCGUCGAUUCGAGCGUGACGCCGGAAUCUAGGGUCUCGCAGGUCGCUGGAAGUAUGGCACAGGUUUCUAGCGCAAAUAUAGGGUGCAGCACCAUGAGCGGCGCAGCAGCGGCAGCGACAUCAUCAGCCGGAGGUGGAGGCAUAGAGACGAGAACGUGUGACCUGACGGUGACGUCAUCGCCGGGCGGCUCAGGAGCCAGUGUGAGCGCGAGCGCGGAGCCGGUGCACAAGCCGCUGGUAACAGAGGAUCGGAAGCGGAAGGGAAAAGAAGCCGACGAUAUCGAGUGUCAGAGCGAGGAUGUUGAGUUUGAUUCUCCUGAUGCAAAAAAACAAGCUCGUGGAUCAACAUCUACAAAGAGAUCUCGUGCUGCAGAAGUUCACAAUCUCUCAGAAAGGAGGCGUCGAGAUAGGAUAAAUGAAAAAAUGAGGGCUUUGCAAGAACUCAUACCUCGUUGCAACAAGUCAGACAAAGCUUCAAUGUUGGAUGAAGCUAUUGAGUACUUGAAAUCACUGCAAUUACAAGUGCAGAUGAUGUCCAUGGGAUGCAGCAUGGUCCCCAUGAUGUAUCCUGGAGUUCAGCAGUACAUGCCACCCAUGGGUAUGGGUAUGGGCAUGGGAAUGGGGAUGGGAAUGGGAAUGGAAAUGGGCAUGAGUCGCCCGAUGAUGCCAUUUCCAUCUAUGCUUGCGGGUUCAACAUUGCCAACACCUGCUGCAGCAGCUCAUUUGGGUCCAAGGUUCCCCGUUCCAGGCUUUCAUAUGCCACCGGUUCCUUUGUCUGAUCCUUCCAGAAUGCAAGCAAAUAUUCAGUCAGAUCCCAUGCUAAACUCUCUUGGUAACCAGAAUUCCAACCAGCCGCUAUUGCCAAGCUAUGCUGAUCCUUACCAGCAGUAUCUUAGCCUUCACCAGACGCAGGUGCCACUGCCUCAGAAUCAAGCGACCGUACAGCCCGGUACAAGCAAGCCAAGUAGUGGCACAAGGGAACUUGAUAAUCAUGAUAAUCUCCAGUCUGGUCGAUAGUGGGACAGACGGAUCGUCAGUGGCUCUUGCCUGCUGAAUUUUGUAGUGUAAAAAACAAGAAAAAAGAACAAUACUAGCGCAGUCAGUACGUGCUGGCUGGCUAAUGCAAAUAUAACAUCUCUAACAUGUAUCAUACCCAAUAUAUAGUUCUAAUUUUAUUUCCAGAUUCUCUCUAUAUAUAUGUGUAUUAUAACAAUAAUUCUCAAUUGAUCAUGUCAGACCAAUAUGCUUCAUUCAAGGUAAGAAGUAUCCCAAAGCCUGAAGAUGAAUAAUGAUAACUUUGCUUCUUUGGGCUUUUGAUUCUUAUCCCGGCAA